CCCGUUUGUUCCUGCUGUGGGUGUUUCUGUUAAUAAAGUUUUCAUUUGAAGCGUCUCCCCCUUGCUACAAUCAUGGCGGUGGAUCAAACUGUGGCCGUAGUUCCCCCUUCACUGUCUGCCAGAGUGGUCGGGUCCUUUGCCUAUUUGACCAUUAAAGAUCGAUUGCCGACCAUCCUGACUAAAGUUGUCGAUACAAUACAUCGCAACAAAAACAAGUUUUUUGAAGAGUAUGGAGAGGAGGGCAUCCAGGCAGAGAAGAAAGCAAUUUCUUUGCUGUCUAAGCUGAGGAAUGAAGUGCAAACGGAUAAGCCAGUGAUAGAACUGACAGAUGGCCUACAGGACACCAAGUCGUGGAACCAGUACCUACAGAGACAACAGAGUCUGCAUGGGGACCAGGAGUCUGUCAGCUGGUUCAAGUCUCCAUGGCUUUAUGUGGAGUGUUACAUGUAUCGCAGGAUACACGAAGCCAUCCUACUCAACCCUCCCAUCAGUGACUACGAUGUCUUCAAUGAGGGAAAGACUCAAAGCUUUUUCGAGUCUCAGCAGGCUGUGAUGAUCCUAUGUACAUAUUUAGAGGGCGUCACCAAGAACAUAGAGGAACUCUCUCAACCCCAGCUGUUUGAGCAUUUCAACAAACUACUGCAGGUUUCUUUAUGGGGAAACAAAUGUGAUCUGUCGAUCUCCGCUGGCCAAGAGAACUCCCAGAAGGGCAGUCCAAUAGAAGCUCUCAACAGCCUACAACCUUUUAUCCUGGUGAAUGACUCCGACAUUAUGUGGUCGACGCUCACGUCCGAUCAGAGACCAGAGCAGUCAGGGAAAACCUAUGCAGAGAGAGUUGACAUCGUGUUAGACAAUGCUGGUUUCGAGUUAGUUACUGACUUGGUCUUUGCAGACUUCUUGGUUUCUUCCGGCCUCGCACGUCAGAUCCACUUCCAUGGCAAGUGCAUCCCGUGGUUUAUCUCUGAUGUUACAGCGAAUGAUUUUCAGUGGACCAUCCGGCAGGCAAUGGCAGCUAAUCACAAGUGGAUGUCCAAGUGUGGUGCCCAGUGGCAGAGCUAUGUGAAAAAGGGUGUUUGGAUCUAUCACGAUCAUCCUUUCUGGACACAGCCCCAUGAGUUUUGUGACAUGGCCGCUGACGCUCCUGACCUGUAUGCAACCCUGCAGAAGGCAGACCUGGUGCUGUUCAAAGGGGAUCUGAACUACAGGAAGUUGACAGGGGACAGAGAAUGGGACCACACGGUCAGCUUCAGCACCGCACUACGAGGCUUCGGUCCGGCACCACUGUGUAGUCUGAGGACCCUCAAAGCAAACGUCCAGGUGGGUCUGCAGCCGGGACAAGCGGAGAAGCUCACCUCUCAAGAUCCCAGCUGGAUGACAAACGGCAAGUACGCCGUCAUCCAGUACUACAACCCAAAGUCAGAGGACUGAGACGGACCUGAGGACGGGGAAUCAGAAGAACAUCAAGUACCAGAAGCAGGAAAUAUUUUCAAGCCAUAGAACAAUUCUAUUAUUAACUUUUGGUAUGUGGUUUCUGUGAUUCUUAUUGUCUGUUGGCACUUCAUCAAGCUUGAGAACAGCACUGCACAUUAACAGCAAUAUUUCUUUUUUUUUUUUUAAUCUUUAUAAAACUUGACAUACUGUCAUGAUUGAACUGUUUACGUUGAAAUUAUGUAAACUCACCUAGAGGUACUUUAUAUUUACCAGUUUGGGAAGUGCGGGAAGACUUUGGUAGUUCACAGAUGUUUCCUGAAAGUUGACAUAUCAGAUUUAGCCUUUUGUUGGUCAUCGCUAAUGCUUCUGAAUUAGGUCAUAAUGUUUACAAUUUCAUGCACAUGCUGUAUAAUGAAAACUGCUUUAAUGCUUUUUAAGAAUCUAAUCUAAAAAUCCACACCUGUGCAUGCAGCCGAAGAGGCGUAAUGAUAUAUUCAGUUUAACUUGGCUCAGGUUGUUUUACUGUGCACUCGGUGUCGUUGAUAUGUGUGCCUCGAAACAGGCGCUCAGUCAUUUAAGAUCACCUAACGCAGAUCAUAACAGCAUCUAAUGACUGUUGUCCUCACUUUGAUAAACGGCCAUUUGUUAUUGGAGCAGUGUAAUAAUAACACUGAUGACGUUUGUUGUUUUGUAUAAAAAGGCAACUCAGACCUCUGUAUCUUCAUAGAUAAAGGUGAUAUGUCUUUGUGCGCACUGUUAUGUCACCUGAAUCCUUAUUGUCACUUUAAGUACUCCAGAGGUGAUAUUAACUGGAUUCUUGUCAACGCUGCUGAGGGAAAGCUCAUUAUUUUUCAUUAAGUUCUUUAAUAAACCACUGCAGUGACUGGCCCUUUA